AAUCCUAUCUGUUUCUAUUGGUCCUCACCCACACUCUAUUAACGGUAAUUUCCCCACGUUAUAUCUUACUUCCAUAUUGUCCCAUUUUGCUAACCGAUAUGUCUUCUACGAACAAGUUUUUUGUUUAUCAUGUCCAAAGUUUUCCGCUCUAUUGAACCCGUUCUCCGGGGUCUUCACUUGGAGGCACUGGCUCAGAAAAUGGUACCAGAAAACACCACCGCUAAGUACCUUAUUGCGCUGUUGACUACCCACUCCGCCGGAUUUCAGUGGGAUCACAUAUUCUCCCUGAUUGCCGGACUUCUCGGAGUCCUUUUCGUUUAUAUGGUCGUGAAGCUUGGUCUUCACCUUCAAAAGACCCGGAACGACACUCCAUUGAAGGAUGUUCCUGGUCCAUGGCUUGCGUCUUGUUCCCCGCUCUAUCGCUUCUGGUACGCCGUUGUGAAGGGGAACUUUCAUAACGACUUGACCAACCUCCACCGCAAGUACGGUAAUGUUGUUCGCAUUGCUCCGAACGAGGUAUCCAUAUGGGAUCCUCUAGUCACCCGCGAGAUAUAUGCGCAUGGCGAUAAAGGUUACCCAAAGUGUGAUAUGUAAGUUUAUCGUUUCCUACUGCCCCGGCAACUUCUUACACCGCCUAGGUACGAUAUUGCCCUUCCAAAUGGAUAUUUCAACCUUGCUGUCGAGCGUGAUAUCCAAACACACGCCGAAGGGCGCCGUGCAAUUGCUAAAGAUUACAGCAUGACCGCAACCCUCACGGCGGAGGCCCAUUUUGACAAUGUUAUUGGGGACUUUAUACUAGCCCUUGACAGGAACUUUGCGCAGAGUGGGAGAGUUUGUGACUUUACUACUUGGAGCGAGUACUUCACCUACGAUAUGAUCACCGAUCUAGUUUUUGGGGAGGCAUAUGGGUUUUGCAGGACUGGAAUUGACGUCGACGGGAGUCUCAAGGAUUUGAGACAGAUGUUGCUCCUGAGCCCCUUUUUGUAAGCAACGUGAGCUCCUAUUCCGGCCAAGAGAGAGUGCUAAUGAGAUAGGUCUUACCUUCCCUGGAUUUGGCCGAUUACACAAAACCGGUGGGUUAAGGAGACUGGGAUGAAUCACUACGCUAGGGUUUGUCACACCCCGGUUGAUUUCCUGUGAUUGUGGGAGUGGGCAGGCUAAAAAUGAAAAUAGAACAUCAAGGCGAAGAUUUUGAAGCGAUUGAACCAUGGCAACGUUUCUGGUCGUCUCGAUCUUUUGGACGGGUUGCUUAAAUCGCGGUAUAGAGAUGGACAUGCCCUACCCAUGGGAGAGAUUGUGUAUGUUCACCAGUUCCCUUAUUUUGAACCACUAGCUAAUGUUUAUUGCCCAGAAACCAUGCCUACAUCUUUAUGUAUUACACUUUCCCCCCAUAUGGUUAUUCCUGGAACUAAUGUUUCCAGUCUCGCCGCCCCGGACACCGCCUCGGUAGCCCUUCGGGCCCUGUUGAUCAAUCUUGUCCGCAACAGAGAUGUCUACAAUGCGGUCAUGGAUGAAUUGACCGGCUUGAAGCUCUCCAACCCAGCAACCUGGAAGGAACUCGCCGACGCACCGCUCCUCCACGCAAUUGUCAAAGAGACCCUCCGGCUUCACCCUCCCGCGGGCUUCAACCUCCCUCGGGCAGUCCCUGCCGGUGGUCGCACCAUCUGCGGGUACUACCUUCCCGAGGGAACCACCGUUGGAAUGAGUGCCUGGUGUGUCCAUGCAAACGAGAAUUUCUGGGGCAAGGAUACCUUGGAAUUCAAGCCGGAACGCUGGUUGGAUCCUGAGAGUGCAUUCAAGCUCGACCGCUACGGACUCAACUUCGGCCAGGGUGCUAGGGCGUGCUUGGGAAAGAACAUCGCAAUGGUUCAGCUUGUCAAGGUUUGUCUCUCUCGCGCACAGGGCGUUUUUUUUCUUUCCCCCUUCUUCCCUGGGGGAUGAUGGCUGAUCAUAUUAUUAAGGUUGCCGCGCAAAUUCUUCUCAACUUUGAGUUUGAGCUCGUUGAUGAACACAAGAUUCGGGGAUUAUUCUUGCUCCUAGUUGUUCUUGAUGGGGUCAAAGUCUCUUUCAAACGCAGGGUUGGUGGGCCGCUCGAUGACACCGUUGAGAUGGAGGGGGCCAAAUUCUAGGCAAUGGAAGGGCACUGGUGGGACGUCUAGUUCGUCAGACACCGGGGGCUUUGUGGAUCGUGGUUAUGCAUAUAUAUGGUUCUCGUGUUUUGUUAUAAGAAGGGUGUAGAAGUUCCUGUAUGUUACUUUUCACCUUCCGAAGGGGUUGGAAGUCUUUUGUGAGAUUCUCUGUGGGAUUCUCGGUAUAGAGGGGGAGCUUUGUCGACAAUAAUCAAACAGGGAUCUGCUCAUGAAAUACUGCCUUCAGUGAUAUAUAUUGAGGGCUUUCCACCCAGUCCAGGAGUGUUGCCUUAAUAAACAGUAGUUAAGGGGCACCCCGAACUACAGACUGGGCAGCCAAGAUAUUCCCUUCCGGGAGGGGGGGGCAAACGAACCAUAACCCAUGAUAACACAAGAAAACAAACUGUCUAAAGACAUAGAAGACAAACCUCCAAUAGAAAAGCAUUGUCAGAGUAAAGGACAGCAUCUAUCAUAGUAUCCGACCCGAAUAUAGUAGUAAGCACACAGCCUACCAAUAGUAUCUCUCAACCAAUCGGAGAAUUUCCGACGAAC